AUGGAUGACAAAAACAAUAUACGUCUGAUGAAUGACUUUAGCAACAAGCGUGCGCUGGACGAUGCAGAAACGGAGACAAAGGGGCAGCCGAAAAGUAAAAAUGCUGUCAUGAGGUGUUCUGGCUGUGGCAAUAGCGACGUUAAAUACCGCUGUCCUCGUUGUGAGCGUAUCACAUGUUCAUUGAUGUGCUGCUUGGCGCACAAGAAGCAGCAUGACUGCAAUGGCAAACGCGAUCGUACCAAGUUUGUAGACGUUAAGAAAUUUACGGAUGCGGAUCUUUCUAGCGACUUCUUUUUUCUAGAGGAAGUAUCUCGCUCCACGAACAGUGCACAAAGGUCCCAUCGCCACUUAAACGCUAAUGCGCGGCGAUACAAUAGCAAUAAGAAGCGGAAGGUGGUAAUGGGUACUUCGAUUAAUCCUGACAUUCCUUCGGAUUGGUUAGCACGAUUUCCAACUGCUGUGCAAGUCUUUGCUGAGCAUGCAGUUAAGCGAGGGGUAGCCUUGACACUACUCCCUUCCGGUAUGAGCAAGCGUGUACGAAACUCAUCGUAUAUGAACACAAAAGCGAAUACAAUGUUUUGGCGUGUAGAGUGGGCAUUUCCCAGUGCAGAAGUAUCCAUGAGUCUGUUUGAGGAAAGAGCAAAUGAACAAUACACUUUGUGUGCGCUGCUUCAGAAAUAUCUGAACCCUAGUAUGGAGAACGUUGCUACUCGCGGAAAGCUGAAAAAAUAUGCCGUGACCAAUUGGGAAAAGAACAUUUUGCUUCUUUUGCGAAGAGAAUUUACGCCAGCAUCGCAGCCGCAGUUUUACAGACUAGAUGGUAAUCAGAGCCUUGAAAGCAACUUAAAACGAAAAGCUAUUGUGGAGUUUCCCGUGAUUAUCGUUGCACUUGUGACGGAUGCUGAUAAAUAUCCUAUGGCACACGAUGUGAUUGAGACAAUUUCAUCCACACCAGUCAGCGCAAAUGAGCCUCAGGUCCAUUCUGAAAAUCAAGACAUGGGCACGGUGACUUUGAGCGAUAAGAUCUUGUCAGAAGAGACCCAAACUGACGCAGCACAAAAGGGUGCUAGUAGAGGAAAUGCAAGUCACUGCUCACUAAUAGCAACGAAAUACAUAAUUAAUAUUUUGCCAAAACGGACACUCAGCGAUAACAUGGCAACCUCUUGGUUCAUGGAUCCAGAGCUUAAGCCCACUUCCUACAGUGCAUCCUACAUCUGCAACAAUCUAUCCAAACAUGGUGAAAUGUUGGUGUACGCAAGCUUAGACGACGUGGUCUAUGUGGACACUACUCAGCACAUAUCUUACCAGACGCACAAGUUACCAUGCUCAGAAAAAUCCGCGGUGCACCAAGUUCGCUUCUGUACGAUCAAGAAAUUAGUCGUGAUAGUCGUUGCAUCUGACAAUGGCAUUCAGAUUUACAACUCCACGGGUGAGAAAAUCCUUUCAGAGAUGGCGGCAAUGGAUCUCGUGGGUGGUGACAUCAAUGGAGAUUCUCUCUAUUGUCAAGGCAUAUGCUCAGUCUACUCAAAGGAACCACGUCUUGUUGUAGGCACUUCAGUAGGAAAGCUCGUUGUAAUCGGUAAAGAGGAAGAAUGCAAGGACGGAGAUGAAUUGAGCGUAUUUCAGGUGUGCAAGACUCUAGCAGAGCACGAAGAAGCAAUUUGCUGUGUGGAAUCUUCGUUCGAUGGCACAUUGUUAGCGAGCAGUGAUAUGAGCGGAUUAAUUCUGAUCCGUAACCCAGGAUGUAGAUAUGAGAUUACCCAUCGAAUCAUGAAUGCCGGGGACUUCGCGACCUCGAUAACAUUAAUGGCGGAAAAUUGGCUUUUAGCUGGGUUUUUGACUGGGUGUCUAAGAUUGUACCACCCUGAAAGCUUUCACAUACACGCUGAAGUAGCCGCUCAUACGCGUGCGAUCACAGCUUUGGAUGCGCAAAACGAAUUUGCGGUGUCAGUGAGUGAGGAUACAUUUAUCAACAUCUGGGAAGUCUCAUCAGGUAAGCCAGGUGCAGGUCCACGAGUGAAGCUGGUAAGCUCUCAAGUAGUGCCGAAUGAUCUCCUCACGGGUGUGGCUUUUGCAUCGGCAAACAGCCUAUGGACUACCGCUUACGACAGUACACAUCUCAAGUUUUGGAGCCCAAAAUAA